ACUUCGUCUUCAUGUAUGUUUCUUGGUCUUUCAAAACAAGCGGUUCAGGGCUAUGCAAUGUGCAAGCGCAUUACACCUGCUGCCCCAAUAACGGAAAAGGCCACGUUCCGAAGACACAAGUUUGAGAUACAUAUUUACGUUCCGUACUUUUUUGGCUUAGUAUUUUCUCGCGAGAUCGGAUGCCAUUCUGAAGUGAUUUGCAUUGUGGGAAGUUGUUCCUUUCCUCCGUUACGGCCAUAUUGGAGUACUUCUAGUUGGCCAGGCCGGUUAAGACGCUCAAAAAUGGUGGCCGCUAAGAAGACGAAAAAGUCGUUGGAGUCCAUAAACUCCAGACUUCAGCUGGUAAUGAAAAGUGGCAAGUACGUGCUUGGUUAUAAACAGACUCUAAAGAUGAUCCGUCAAGGCAAAGCUAAGCUAGUUAUUCUUGCAAACAACUGCCCAGCAUUGAGAAAAUCCGAGAUAGAGUACUAUGCCAUGCUGGCCAAGACUGGUGUGCACCACUACAGCGGCAAUAACAUUGAAUUGGGUACAGCAUGCGGUAAAUACUACAGAGUAUGCACACUGGCAAUCAUUGAUCCUGGUGAUUCUGACAUUAUCAGAAGUAUGCCAGAGCAGACAGGCGAGAAAUAAUGCACAAAUUCAGAUUUUCUAGUUAAUAAAUAAAAAAGUCUAAAACUGCAAUAUUUUUAA